AUGAUCAUCUCCCCUUCUGUUAUAGCUACAGUGGAAGAGUCAAACUUGCAGCCGGUUGACAAGAAAGUGCACAUGGAGAGCAGAGAGGCAAGUGCUUUUCGCACAUGGCCAAGAAGCACUGAAAAUAUCUUUGCAGGAUUUAGCACACAAGGAAAGAAGAAGCCUAUACCCAGGCCAGUCAUGCUGUGUGUUAAGUAUAUAGAUGAGCUAGUUUUUGAUGAAAAGAACAUCGUGGCCGGAGGAUGCGUGAUCUGCAUAGAUGAAAGAACAUAUACAACACUAAAUGAGAUUAAUUCGGCAGUUAAGGAGAGCAUGCGAGUGGAGAAAGUGGUCAUCCAGAGACUGGAGAGGAAUGAAGCCUUCCGAAAGAGCAAGUAUUAUAUAACUACAGUUGAAAAAAAGUUCUUUAUUAGCAAGCAGAGGCUUCUUGGGGAAAUACUUAAAACACAAAGAAAAAUAGAAAAAGUCCGCCCUCUUAUAAUGCUCUCCAUACAAAUGGCGCUUGAAAACCAAAUAAAAAAGCUAUGUGCUCUUAAAGUAAUAGCAGAUAAGAUGUACUCUGAAGAGUCUAGCAGGACUUUUGUCGCAAUGUAG